GCAUAUGUAUCACAUGAAAGACGUCUUCAACACGGUCUACUUCCAUCUUCCACCUUAGCUGAACUCAGGACCUUUCCAGACAGAACCCGACUCGACCAUCACAUACCUUGCCUCACUGUCACUCCACAUCAUGGUAGACCAUUCGAAGACUUGUACCACAUGUGGUGCCUCCGUUCCCGCAGCACGAUUCAUCACCUGCCAACAGUGCAAAGAAGGCCGCGAAGUUGACGGCACCCAAUCGACCAUAACCUACUGCAGUCACCAGUGUCUCGUGUGCGACUACACUCACCCCAGCCAAUGCCUCGCACGUAACAUUCGAAAACGCCUCUACCGUGCAGGAAGCAUAUUGCAACCAGUCUUCUACGCCUGGAGGCGAGCUUCGUGGCAUCGAGCAUUCGAUCAAGUCGAAAACAUCGAUGGCACGCUCUACAUUUCUCGUUUCUCGAAGAGUGUACGGAAGGAGAAGAAGAUUGCUGUGUACCCAGGCCCCUUUACCAUGUUUCCGAGGGAGAUAGCAGGCGAUGAGCAGCAGCAAAAGGUCAUAUUGAGCUAUAUGGGCUGCAACGAUGCGACGCAAAUGUCGUAUCAGCUUGUCAAAAGCAUGCUCGGUGAUAUCACCACCAGCAUUGAAUGCGUGUACUUGUGGCUUCCCAAGGGGAGCUACAAAGUCGUCGAUAGGAGCCUCCCCGUCAGCGUUCUUCACGAAGUGCUCGCGAUCGACGCAACAGACGGGAAUUCGUACAUCAUCGACCUCUCCGGAGCACAGAUCGGUCUGAGCAGUCCGAUCAUACCACUGGAUCAAUACAUGGAGCGAUUGAAUCCGAGAAUCGUCCACAUCUACAAGCACGAACGCUGCCUUGCUCGGGCAGACUACAUGCUGAAGAAAGGGCUCGGAAAUGCUCAGCUCGACAGGAUCGCUGCGAUGCUGUUCCACAUGAGCGAAGAGCUCAACUGCUUUGUCACCGAGAUCGAGCCGAAGUUCAAGGAAACACUCAGCGACGUGUUGCAGUCCAAAGAAGAGGACUAUAGUCGAAAGCGAAGAGAUUACGAAGACAUGAUGACGCUCUGUCUGAAGAACACAUUCACCAUUCGAAUGAUUGACAAGCAUCCUACGAUUAUUGCAGGGUCGCCGACGCUGGAUCCGCAUUUGAAGAAGUUUAUGCUUCCUCUAUCGAAGGACUAUUCCAGGAGAGAACUCGGGUCUGGCAUUUACAAGAGGUAUCUUGAUCAAGAGCUGCCAGAGAUGGCGAUGGUGAAGAUGCCACGAGCUGAGCCCAGCGCUAUCGAGCCGCAGAUUGUUGAGGCUGAUGCACAAUUGCCUGCUUCCGUCGAGAGGGAUGCCAAGGGAACAUGCUGCCGACGAGUUCACAUUUUGGGUUCAGGCUUAUCCUUCCUCAAAGCUCGUCUAUGCAAGAGAAAAGGCGUUGGCGAGGCGAGAGAGUAGGGCUGGCCUCUCGAACCAGCUCCAGAUAGUCUUGUUCGAAUGGGCGAUACACUAGAGUGCCGGUUUGGGAAUGGUCCCCGAUUUGCGUCCUUCCGCAUGACAGUACUGCCAAACUCCGUAGAUAUUCCAGGCAAGGUACCAAGUAGCCCACCAAGUCAAUAUCGCUGCCCCGAGUAUGACCAAAGACCACCAGAGCCAGCCAAAAGCGCAUACGGCGUCUCCUUCUCUCUUGGGAAUGCAAA